UGUUCAUCUCUUCUCUGCACACACUCUCUCUCUUCGUUUGACCAUCAAAACGCUCUCCCUCUCCCUCUCUUAUAAAUACACGUUACUGUUGCAAGCCCUACAAAUCCCACAACUAAUUACAGACUAGCAAAAGAAAAGGAAGAGUGUGUGUGAGAUAUAGAGAGAAGAAGAAGAAGAAGAAAAGCAGACACAGAAAGGGAAGAGAUGUAGGAACCUGAAUCCAAUCCACGAUUCCAUACUGGCUGUAGAUGAAAUAUCCCCAACAUGUCCAACAUCCCAUCUUCCCUUUCCGACGUCUGUCUCACCCUUUUCCGCCUGGCCAUGUUCAUCGCAAACCCGUGGCCCUUCUCCUAAAUACCCAAAACCCUCCCACCUUUCCUUCCCCCUUUUCUUCCUUCCCAGGCUCUUCCAUAAAUCAUGAGAAAGCUCAGGGGUUUUAGGCUCGGUAGAAAGGUCCUCAGGCUCUGGAGGUGGAUCAUCAAACCCAAGUGGAGAUCCGCCUCAGGAUACAUACGGUUAAACCACGAAGACCGUAUAAAACACAAGACGAUGACGAGAAUCUGCAGCUGGGGCCGUUGUCUCACCAAAAGGCUCUCCUUUUCCAGCCACCGGUCGUCAGAUUACGCCCGUGUGGUUCAGACGCCGUUCGACGCCAAACCGGUGGAGGUACCGAAAGGCCAUCUGGCGGUCUAUGUGGGUCAGAAAGACAACGAUCCCCAUCGUUUCCUUGUGCCGGUGAUCUACUUCAACCAUCCCCUGUUCGGGCAGCUGCUGAGGGAGGCAGAACGGGAGUACGGUUUCAACCAUACAGGCGGGAUUACCAUACCGUGUCCGAUAUCGGAGUUCGAGAGCGUGCAGACGAGGAUCGCUGCCGGAGAGAGCCGCCGGAAAUUGACGCGGAGACGCCCGUCGAUGUUGGGUGAAUUUUAGUUAGUGAGUGCUUUCUGUUUAAUAUUGUUAAUAAUAGAUGGGAUUAGUGUUUGUAAUUACUAUAUGAUGGUUUUAAGUGGAUAAAUUUUUGUGUUGAUUGGUA